GCUUAUGAAUUGAUGUUGCGUAAAAGUUUAUUGCGCACAUUUGUUAGUGUGUGUGCGUGUAAGGUUAAGGGAAGCUCACCAACAUUAACAAACGUGUGUAUGAGAGCGAAGCCGCUUUCGUAGUAUGAUAGUUUACCGGUUAAUUUAUUGAAACAAAAACAAAUAUUAUCAUGAAGCUAGUAAGAUUUUUGAUGAAACUUAGUCAUGAAACAGUUACAAUUCAACUGAAAAAUGGUACACAAGUUCAUGGAACAAUUACAGGUGUAGAUGUGGCUAUGAACACCCAUCUCAAAACAGUAAAAAUGACUAUAAAGAAUCGAGACCCUGUCCACUUAGAUACAUUGAGUUUACGAGGGAAUAACAUUAGGUAUUAUGAACUUCCGGAAUCACUACCUCUUGAGACGUUACUCAUAGAUGAUACUCCAAAAGCGAAAGCAAAGAAGAAAGAAGCUGCAAGAGGUGCUGCACGAGGACGAGGUCGUGGAGGACGUGGAGCACGCGGAGGUCGUGGUGGGCGUGGACGAGGAAGAGGUCGACGAUAGUAUUAAGGCUACAGUAAUUAUCUUUACCAUAACUUUUUAUAUAAAAUUAAGAUUGACGUUAAUCCGCUAUCUUUUAUGCAAUUUGUAUAUCCGAAUAUCCAUGAGUCAUAAAAAUUUCUUAAUUUAAAUGAAUUACAAACAUUGAUACAAUUGUCUUUACCAAAAUCGAAAAAAACAUUACAUAAUCAAUUAAGAAUCUGUUGGUAUUAAAACAUAAUUCAUUAAACGGAAUUAAUAAUCAAUA